UGCAGGGCAUGUAGGCUAGUGUGACACACUUUGUGAUCCCAUGUGGAGGAUAUAAAAAAGUCUUCCCUUAAAUCCAGAGAUAGUGUUUCCCUAGUGCUUUGGUUAGUGUUAUUAAUAAACACAAAGUGUGCCUCUGUUUUCGUAGACAGACACACUGCAGUGAUCUCCUUGAGGCUCAAAGCAAACCUCAGCUGCCAUCUGUCAAGACGAUCAUCUCCAUAACAAAAUUCACCUCUUAGCUGGUGAUGGACAAUCUGAGGGCAAAGGAGGGUUCAAAGGAUGGAGAAAACAGGGUCUAUACUGAGGAUUUAUACAUGGAGUUUAAAUAUGCAAAGGAUGUCAAAAAUAGCAGCAGUCCCGACUCUGAAGAGACACUCAUUCCCCAAGAGGAGCGUACUCAGUACCCCACAAAUCAAAAGGACCGGGCAGAUAUGGACAACUUGGGCCAGAUUUUUGAGCACUGCAUCCAGCAAGUAUCCCGCCUGGAGAUUCACAGAGACCAGCUGAUACAAGAGCUUCUCCAGCUGCAGGAGCCCAUGGUGCAGAUAGUGAAGCACCUCAGAGGGAAGCUGGUGGAAGCUCAGAGGCUGCUCACGCUGGCUCACAUGGAUUAUAUCGCUGUUUAUGAGGAUGUGCAGCAGGUGAAGAAGAAUCUGUUUGCCACCGCAAGAGACUGCAUCCAGAGCCAGGUGACACUGGCUACACACGAGUAUGAAGUGGCUCAGUCUGCAGUUACACAGGAGGAGCUCAAGGCCUAUAUCAAAAGUCUGUCUCAAGAGAUGUCACAGCUUCAUGAGGCCCAUCAGAACCGACUGAACGCCCAGAGGGACCAGUCCAGUAGGUUCUACAGACCCAGAGCCAUGAGCGACGUGGGUCUGUGUCGACAGGCGUCUGGCAGGAUGCAGCGAAGACUCAGCGAGAGCGUGAAGACACUGGAAAGUUUGUACGAGCCUCGACUCAUGGCCCUGCUGAGGAGGAGGCAGAUUGGGGAAGACGCUUUGAGAAAGAGCAGGGAGCAGGCGAAGGACCUGAGGGCCCGUCUGGGGCCCCUGAAAGAAGACAUACAGAGACUGGAGGUGCAGAGAGCCUGUCUGGAGCAGAGGAUCCAUCUAAUGGAGGCAGAGAGGGAGGACAGCCUCACACAACACAAGGAGAAUGUGGAAAAAUUAAAGGAGACUCUGAGGGACCUGGGGAUAGAGUUUGAAGUCCAGAAAAGGUCAAAGAAAAACUUAGAGGAUGUAAAGGACAGCCUUUUAACAGAGUUGGCAUUUCACAGAAGCCAAGAAUCCAGGGAAACUGCAGCAGAGGAAGACUUGAUCUGAUUUCUCAUUUCCAGUGAAUAUUCUUAUUAUGAAGUCCAGCAGACCAACACAGCAUUGCAGUAUCUUCACUAAUGUUGCACAAUUUAAAACCAACCUUCACCUUUAAUGAAGUCAUAAUGUACACAAAAUUACUCAUUCACAAUUUAUACUGUAAAUAUGUUUUUAUUAUGUACUUAAGUACACAAAAAAGAUGCAGCACAGAAAAAAAAAAAAAAACAAAUGUAAAGAAAAAACACAUACACUGACAAAAUACAGUCUGAAUAGUUCCUACUAUGCAAGCAAAUAAAAUGAAAAUCUACUGUAUGUACAAUUUUAACCUUAUUGUGUCCAGGUCAGUUUUGAAUUUUGGGCAAAAGUAAUAAAUUCCAGUGAUUGUGAAAUGAAGAUGGAAGGAAGAAAG